GCAACAGCUGAUAAUUUUUUUGAGUUAAAUCAACGUGCGGGAGAGCUAAACAAUAUAAACAAAAACAUAAAAUUGCUCAACGGAAUUAAAUAAAGAAUAUUCAAAUAAUGGCUGGACGCGGAAGGGGUGGAAAGACGGGCACCCUCACGGCCGAGCAAAUGGCCAUGCUGGGCUGCACAAAGGACUUGCCGGUGCAGACAGCACCGCCUCCUACAUUUCCGCCCCUUUUGAACAGACCCACUAACAUAGAGACAACCACCCCACAAAAUUACCAGCUGCUGUGGAAAGAGGAUUUCCUAAAUCGAAUGCGUGAUUCCCCUUAUUAUAUUGUAUCCGCCAGCCAUAAGGGGCAAAACCAAGAACACAAAGAUUGGCGAGAGAAAGCAAUGGCGCGGAUGAAGCUCAAGACCCAGCCAGAAUUCAACUACAAAACCAUGCCCCAAGAAUUAAAUAUCUCCAGUCGGAAACGGCGUGGUGCAGACGUCCGGCCAAAGCUACUAGCCAAGAAGACCAAUAUCGAGGACAGACUAAAGGUUCUGGAGCAAAAGGAACUAAAGUCUGGUGGCGGCGAGCAGGAUGAAAAUAAGCAGGGUUCCGACUCUGAACAGGAGGAGGAGCAGGAUGAUCCAGAGGCGGCGUUGGAUGACGAGAUGGACGAAGAUAAUGACUACGGUGCCACCUAUUUUGAUAACGGAGAAGCCUUCAACGAUGAGGACGACAAUUUAGAUGAUGGUCCCGUAUACUGAGCUAAAUAAAACCAUCGAACGGAA